AGAAGGAGUCUAAUUGUAGUUGAACGUCAAAGCUUGAUUGAACUUUACCUGGGAGCAUUGCGGAAAAGAACUCGAGUAAUACUGUGCAGUGCAGCAUACAGAUGGUCUUCACAAGUACAUGAAAUGCUCUCUUCAUUUAGUAUUGAACGAUAGAAUUGAACGGAACAGUAAGAAGAUUUUUCUUACUAGUAUUAUAUUCUCAUAACACUUAACAACUUUGUCGUUUUCAAUGCCAAAUGCUAGAAGUGGAUCAAAACUAAGAUAAAACAUUUUGAAGGAUAGAUUCUCCAUAGGUGGAACUGAUAAAUGCUUCAUCAAUCGAUUGAGUCAAUGCAGGGCAUUUAGUCGGUAGACGUGUAAUGACAAAAAGAAGAAAUGAGUGCACUUGAAUAAAUAUUACCUUGGAUCUUAUACCAGCUUGUUCAAUAUUUAUCGUAUUACGAUUUAUAUAAUGCUGGUUGUGGCUUCGACGGAAGGUAGUCUCUCAGAGUUCACGAUGAAUUUAAUAUUACCAGCUACACUUUUGUGCCUAAUUGUGCGGGAUGUUCACAGCCGUGAAGCAUGCUUUGAUAAGUUUGGGUGCUUUUCCACGGAUUAUCCGUGGUCUUCGAUACUAAGACCAUUCCCUGCACCCCAAGACCCAAAAGAUGUCAAUACAACUUUUCGAUUUUCAAAUCGGGUAAACAACGCUCAAAAUUACUUUGAAACAUGGCCCAGGAUAAACAUUAGAGCUUAUGAUUCUCAAAAGCCAACGUUCUUUAUUACACAUGGUUACUACAGUGAAAGCAAUGUCGAAUGGUUCAAGAAUUUGACGUAUGCUAUUUUAAACAAGACGGAUUCUAACGUAAUUGGAGUAGAUUGGAAAAAGGGAUCUUCAACUAGUUACAUGCAAGCAGCUUCAAAUACAAGAAUCGUUGCAAGUGAAAUUGCUAGAGUUAUCCGAUAUUUCGUCGAACAAUAUUCUGCUGAUGUUAGUACGUUUCAUCUAUUAGGACAUAGUCUUGGAGCACACAUAAUGGGAUACGUGGGGAAAAAUAUUUCAGGAAUUGCUCGUAUCACAGCCUUAGAUCCGGCCCAGCCAGGUUUCCAAGGAAAAGCGGCGUCAAUAAGGAUAAAUGAUUCCGAUGCAUCAUUUAUAGAUGUAGUUCAUACUGAUGGAAAACCUUUCUUACCGUUUUUGGGCUUGGGCAUGUCGGAGAGUGUCGGAACUGUCGACUUCUUCGUAAAUGGAGGCUUGUUGCAACCAAAUUGUUUACUUGAUGGUGAACCUGUUGUAAUUAAGUCAUUGUUCGAUAUUCCAAAACUAACAAUUGAUGUUAUGUAUAACUUGGCAACUUGUAGCCAUUCGCGUGCGUCUCGUUACAUGGCUGCUGCUAUCAGAGGUCCAUGCACAAUGUGGGGCUAUCGUUAUAGUGCAUCUUAUUCACAUCUGCAAUAUACUAAAUUUGUUCUCGAUGACGAGUGCUCAGCUGACAAUUGCACCCCAAUGGGCCUGAAUACGCCAAAAUACCCUGCGCGCGGAAGCUUUGCGACUCCAACAACUGGAGUCUAUCCCUUUUGCAUCGAAGACAAAACUGCAGACAACGUAAUGGCACGUGUUAUAUAACGUGAAUAAAUAUACGGAGUAUUGGAUAAUAUGGAUGACAGCCAAUGCAACAACCUCCUUAUAAAGACAAUGAAACAUGAACUACUCAACUCUAAUUUUAUCCAUUUUUUAUCUGAAUUCUGAGACGGAAUGACUCUAUAACCCAAAUGAGAUUUUGAGGAACACGGAUUGUAAUUUCGCGGAUCAAUGUUGUUUUAAUUGCUUAUGUACAUACGUUUAUAUUGUAUAAAAUCUGAUUAUGAAUUCAUUUUGUAAUCCAUUAAUGUUUCAUGUGCCAUAAAUGUGGAGCAUAGGUUAAGAUUAUAAUAUAAAUAAAUAGAAAAGGUGGUACCCAGAAAGCCACUUUACUUUGUAAUAA